AUGUCUUCACCAAAAGACUACGACGCCCUCAUCAUCGGCGCAGGCCCAGCCGGGCUCGCGGCUGCCACCGCGCUCGCCCGAGCAUGCAGACGCGUGGCGGUGUUCGACUCGCAAGAAUACCGCAACGAGGGCGUCGAGGAAAUGCACAACGUUGUACUCCACGACGGCCAGAAGCCAGCGUCGUUCCGGACUGCUGCCGUCCAGGACAUCUCAACCAAGUACCCGAGCGUCCGUUUCUUCAACACCGCGGUUGAGACCGCGGGAAAACUGAUUCUCGCUACCGGAAGCAAGGAUGUCUUUCUCGAUAUCCCGGGGUAUGCAGAGCUGUGGGGGAAGAGCAUCGUUCACUGCUUGUUCUGCGACGGCUUCGAGAGGAGGGAUCGGUCCGCCGGGAUUCUGGGCCUGGAAUCGCUACACAACCUACCUUCCAUCCUCAUGGCACGGCAUAUGUCCUCUGCGUCGGUGACAAUCUUUCUGAACGGACAGUCCCCGGACAACGAGAAAGAUAAGGAGGCCCUCCGCGUGGCAACUGCGCGAGGUUGUAAGGUCGAUGACCGGUUGAUCCGACGCCUGUCGCGGGACCCUGCAAACGACGGCAUCAUCGUUGAAUUUGUGGAUGGGGCGCAGUCUCGGAUUGGGUAUCUCUUGCACCACCCUCCCACUGUGAACCGUGCUUCUGGUUUGAUUUCUCGGCUUGGCUUGCAGCUCGUGCAGCAAGGUGUACAUGUUCAGAUCAACCCUGAGGGAGAGACUAGUGUAAGAGGGUGUUUUGCGGCCGGCGAUACGGCGACGCAGUGGAAGAUCGUCUCGGUUGCUUUGGCGGAUGGCAGUGUUUUGCCCGCGGCUACUUCCAACACGCGCGACAUAUCCACUAGUCAGACGUGCAUUCAAUAUUAG